AUGGGGAAACUCUGGGAACAUUCAGUUUCAGUAAAACAACAUGGUAUUGAGUUUAGCCAGCUAAUAUCAGCCAAGGUGUGUUUCUGUUUCCCUGCCUGCUCUGCUGAGGUGUGUUUCUGUUUCCCUGCCUGCUCUGCAGAGGUGUGUUUCUGUUUCCCUGCCUGCUCUGCUGAGGUGUGUUUCUGUUUCCCUGCCUGCUCUGCAGAGGUGUGUUUCUGUUUCCCUGCCUGCUCUGCUGAGGUGUGUUUCUGUUUCCCUGCCUGCUCUGCUGAGGUGUGUUUCUGUUUCCCUGCCUGCUCUGCUGAGGUGUGUUUCUGUUUCCCUGCCUGCUCUGCAGAGGUGUGUUUCUGUUUCCCUGCCUGCUCUGCUGAGGUGUGUUUCUGUUUCCCUGCCUGCUCUGCUGAGGUGUGUUUCUGUUUCCCUGCCUGCUCUGCAGAGGUGUGUUUCUGUUUCCCUGCCUGCUCUGCUGAGGUGUGUUUCUGUUUCCCUGCCUGCUCUGCUGAGGUGUGUUUCUGUUUCCCUGCCUGCUCUGCAGAGGUGUGUUUCUGUUUCCCUGCCUGCUCUGCUGAGGUGUGUUUCUGUUUCCCUGCCUGCUCUGCAGAGGUGUGUUUCUGUUUCCCUGCCUGCUCUGCUGAGGUGUGUUUCUGUUUCCCUGCCUGCUCUGCUGAGGUGUGUUUCUGUUUCCCUGCCUGCUCUGCUGAGGUGUGUUUCUGUUUCCCUGCCUGCUCUGCUGAGGUGUGUUUCUGUUUCCCUGCCUGCUCUGCUGAGGUGUGUUUCUGUUUCCCUGCCUGCUCUGCUGAGGUGUGUUUCUGUUUCCCUGCCUGCUCUGCUGAGGUGUGUUUCUGUUUCCCUGCCUGCUCUGCUGAGGUGUGUUUCUGUUUCCCUGCCUGCUCUGCUGAGGUGUGUUUCUGUUUCCCUGCCUGCUCUGCUGAGGUGUGUUUCUGUUUCCCUGCCUGCUCUGCUGAGGUGUGUUUCUGUUUCCCUGCCUGCUCUGCUGAGGUGUGUUUCUGUUUCCCUGCCUGCUCUGCUGAGGUGUGUUUCUGUUUCCCUGCCUGCUCUGCUGAGGUGGUGUGCCUUUCUGAGGUGUUUCCCUGCCUGCUCUGCUGA